UUGAAGUCUGGCCUGACCCACCUUCUAGAGCUUCAAGUGGGAUUAUCCAAGAUGGCCACCCCAGACGGAGACCUGUCGGAACCACAGCUGCGCCUGAGGCAACAGUUCAUCCACAAAGCUCAUGGGACGCAGCAGCCGGCUUCAGCGGUGGGAGAAGGGACUGAGACAAACGUCGAAGCGGAAAGCACUAUCGAGAAAAGGGAGAAGCCGCCUCCCCGACUCAACUUCCACUCUGCUUUCUGGAUAGUGGCCUCGAUUGCUGUCACUUAUUACAUUGAAUUUUUUAAAGCUGUGAAAGAGGUGAUUGAGACGGAUAGCUGGUGGUUUCUCCUUGGCAGUUGGCUGUUGCUAGGCAGCUUGUCCGUGGCCUUCUACUGCAUCAUCUACCUCGAGUGGUACCACGGGAUCGAAGACUACGACACUGCCUACCCAGCCCUGAUCCCCAUCACAACGGCCACGUUCAUUGCAGCCGCCGUUUGCUUCAAUGUCGCCUUGUGGCCCGCGUGGUCUUUCCUUACGCCUUUGGUGCUCUUCACCCAGUUCAUGGGUGUUGUGAUGCUCAUCUCCCUCCUAGGAUGAGGUCGAAAGACCGAAAAGCAGCAGAUGGCACAGAGAGCAGGAUUUCAUUCUACAGCUUCCCCUCCACCACCUGUAUGCUCACCUGAGGAUCGAUAACAAAUUGAAAAGUAAUACGGCUACCCGCGUGAGCAGAGAAACAGGUUCUAUUGCAUUAAGCAGCAUGCUGCCAAAUACAAAGGAAAUGGCAUCGUUAACAUUUUAUGAAGUGCUCUAAUGCAAAGUACAGCUGACCUGUUUGAACCACUUCCAUGUUUUAACUGAAAUCUGAUCUGGAAACAAGAUACUGUAUUACAGAUACGGCAGUUCUACCCAUUUUUCUUCACUCCAAGAAGAGGGAAACUUCUGGAAAAAAGGCAUCUGUCACAAUAUGAUAUAGAAUAUUACAUUAUAUUCUGGAAACAAGACAUAUAUUACAGAUACUGCAGUUCUAGCCACUUUUCUUCACUUUGGGGAGACGGAAGUUCCCCCUGUCUCCGAACUAUAAAGAAUUCCUCUUUUGUGCAAGACAAUGGUUCGCCACCACGGGUGUAAGAUAAACCAUUUUCUACAGUUCCCUGUGAUAAUUUAAUUUAAUUAGGAUCUGUCCUUGGAUUAAAGUUCAGUGGAAUUCUUACUAUAAUUCUACAGUCAAAAAGCAAACUAUGUGGUGACAUGAUUUCUUUUUUUAAAAAAACUAAUGAUUGUGUGGGAAGGGGCACUGUGAGGUAUUGUGCCCCCCUCCCCCAAUAAUUUUGUGCCGGCACUAACACAGAUAAUGUAAGUUAGGAUGAAGGGAAACCAAAUUAAAUCUUUGGGAAUGUG